GCGGCGGCGGCGGCCCAGUUUAUCCGUAGCAUCCACCGCACUGGCAAAUCAAGCGGCAGUGACGCAGAGUAUUAGCAGCAGGGGAGCCCAUGGCGUCGCCGGGGAGCAGCGGGCGGUGCUCGAGGACCCCGGGGUUCCCGGCGGGGCCGCUCGGCGGCGGAGGGCGCGCGGUGCCGGCGGUGGGGCUCGGAACGGCGUCGCUCCGGUCCGUGGGGGAGGAGAGCUUCAGGGGCGCCCUGCUCGCCGCGCUGGAGGUCGGGUACCGCCACAUCGACACCGCAUCGGUGUACGGCUCCGAGCGGGUCGUCGGCGAGGCCGUGGCCGGGGCGGCGCGGCGCGGGGUCAUCGCGUGCCGCGAGGAGGUGUUCGUGACCACCAAGGUGUGGUGCACGCAGUGCCACCCGGACCUCGUGCUCCCCUCCCUCAGGGAGAGCUUGCAGAACCUUCAAAUGGAAUAUGUUGAUAUGUACUUGGUCCACUGGCCAAUGAGCGUGAAGCCCACUAAACCUCACUACCCAAUGAAAAGAGAGGAUAUCAUGCCAAUGGAUUUGAGAGGCGUAUGGCAAGCAAUGGAGGAAUGUCACCAGCUUGGCCUUGCAAAAAUGAUUGGUGUUAGCAAUUUCACUACAAAAAAAUUGCAAGAACUACUUGCCUUCGCAAAAAUUCCACCAGCAGUGAAUCAGGUUGAGUUAAAUCCAGUCUGGCAGCAGAAGAAACUGAUGGAGUUCUGCAAAGCGAAAGGCAUUCAUGUGACUGCUUACUUUCCCCUGGGAGGCCGGCAUAGUACAUCCACAGUCAAUCCAGUCCUGGAUUCAGAUGUUCUGAAAGAGAUUGCCGCAGCCAAGGGGAAGUCAGUGGCUCAGAUCUCACUUAGGUGGAUCUACGAGCAAGGAGCAAGCAUGGUGACCACGAGUACGAAAAGGGAGAGGCUUAAGGAGAACAUCGAUAUCUUCGAUUGGCAAUUGAGCGAUGAAGAUCGGCUCAAGAUAAGUCAGAUUCCACAGCACAAGACGGUCAGCGUGCUGUCGAUCCUCUGCCCCGAUGGUGUCUCCAGCGUUGAGUUGUCGGAGGUUGACGUUGUUGAAGUGUAGCGGUCGUUUUCGCGUUCCUGUUCACAGUAAACUGAACAUUUAGGGCAUGUUUAGUUCCCAAAAAGUUUUUCUCAAAAAAAUCACAUCGAAUCCUUGUAGACAUGUAUGGAGCAUUAAAUAUAGAUAAAAAAAACUAAUUGGACAGUUA